UAUAAUGAUUAAUGAUAUCUUUAAUAAUAUAGAUAAAURUUUUGGUGUCUCACUAUUUGCUGAUGAUGGCAUCAUUUGGAAAAGAGGGAGAAACACUGAAUUUAUGAACAGGAAAGUGCAGGAAGCCUUAAAUAGGGUAGAAGCUUGGGCUUUAGAAUGGGGAUUUAGGUUCUCAACAUCUAAAUCUAAGUUUGUUGUUUUCACAAAUAGGAAGGUGAAUACUAAUGUGGAUCUUAAAUUAUAUGGGAAUAUUAUAGAAAGGAAAGAGCAAAUUAAGUAUUUGGGCAUAUGGUUUGAUAAAAAACUAACAUGGAAAAUGCAUAUAGAUAAAAUAGUGGAAAAAAGUAAAAGAAUUUUAAAUAUUAUGAGAUGUCUGAGAGGCAGAGAAUGGGGAGCAGACAGGAAAGCAUUAAAAACAAUCUAUAUCGGACUAAUUCGUUCUAUUUUUGACUAUGGAUGUAUUCUAUAUAAUUCAGCUUCCGGUAAUCUAUUGACAAAAAUAGAUAAAAUACAAUAUCAGGCGCUAAGACUUUGCUGCGGAGCGAUGAAGACAACUCCAGUUUCAGCUCUACAGGUUGAGAUGGGUGAGAUGCCGCUGGAGCUCAGGAGAGAUCAACUAGCCUUAACUUAUUGGGCAAACAUUAGAGGACAAAAUGAGAGCCACCCUCCAUGUAUAACAUUACAACCUUGUCAAGAGAAAGAAAAAAAGCAAAUUAAUAGUUUUGGAUGGAUAAUUUUAGAUAAAGUAAAUGACAUAGGGAUUGAUAAAUACUUAAUUAGUCCAGUGGUUGUUACUCCUGUCAUUCCAAUAUGGGUUUGUGAUCAGGCUGAAGUUGAUUUAAAACUGCUGGAAAAGGGAAGAAAAUUGGAAAAGAAUGAAGUGGAAAAUUACAUAAGGAAAAAAUAUUCAGAUUAUAUUCAAAUAUACACAGAUGCCUCAAAAAUGGUAAAUAAUCAAGUUGGUAUAUCAUUCAUUGCUCCAGAUUUAAACUUUAUGAAGAAUAAAAGAAUAAAUAAUAAACUGACAGUGUAUACAGGUGAACUC